AUGGUCCCAUUUCGGCCCCUCGCCUCGGCGGGAGCUGCCACGCCCUGUCGGUGCGCGGCAGGGCCCCGCCCACGCUGGGCGGGGGGUCCCGCCUUGGAGCGCGGCAGCUGCCCCAGCCAGCUCGGUGGGACGGCAGCCCCCCGCUUCGGUUCUGGUGCGGCAAGGUGUCGCCCAAGCCUAGGCGGAGGUGCCGCCCAGGGGGGUGGGGGGCCAAGGCCCGCGGGCACGCUGGCGGCACGCCUCGCCUCUGCUUUUGCGCUCCGCGCGCCCAGGACCUGCCGCGCGGGCGGCAGCGCCUCGCCCGGCGCUGCUGGCAGGUUACCUGCCCUGCCCGCGGCCGGCGACAGGCCCGCCGCCCUGCCCCCCGCCGCCCCGCCCUGGGCCCGCCAGGCUCCGCCCGCAGCACGGUCCCGCGCGCGAGCAGGGGGGGGCGCCCGCGGGAGCGGCGUGGGUUUCGGGACCAGGCACCUGCCGCAGGGAAAAAAGCAGGUGGACGGUUUCAGACACACUCAGGCCGCCGCUGGGUCGUUGUUCAGCUCUGCCCAGGUGCCUUGCCGUGGCCUGGGCGUGCCCGUGCGCCGCCGUGGCCGGUGUGGACACCUUUGUGCUCGCUCUGGGGUGCCUUUGGGAGCUUUCCGGCACCUCCCUCCUGAAAACUACUUCGGGCGAGCUGUUCCGAGUCAGUAUAAGCCUCGGGGAGACAUUACAGGAAACAAGUGUGUGUAG